AUGGAACCCCCUGAAAGGGGCUUCUAUAAGCUUAAUACCGAUGAAGCUUUUGACACUAAAACUGGAAUAGGAGGGAUUGGGGGAAUCAUUAGAAACAGUAGUGGUAACUGGAUAAUAAGACUUACCAAAGGGCUGCCCAAUUCAUCUGUUAUUCAUGCUGAACUAACAACUCUAAUGCGGGGAUUGAAGUUGGCAUUCGAACAUAAGCUUUUCCUUCUUGAAGUGGAAUGUGACUCAACUGAGGUAGUAAAUAUCCUAAAGCAUGGACAUGACACUUAUACUCCUAUGUUUCUGGAAUGCAGGUGCUUUAUAGAGUUGAUGGGGAGGCCAGCGAGAGGACAUGGCUACAGGGAGCAGAACUCAGUAGCUGAUGCACUAGCUAAAGAAGGAGUGAAAAAGAAGCUUUUUGGAGAAAAGAAAAUCUUGGUAGUUCCACCCAUAUAUGCAGCUGCAAGUUUUUGGGCAGACAUGGAAGGAACUACUUAUGCUAGAUAUUUUUGCAACAAUGUAAUUGCUAGUAACGAACAUUACCGGGACAAUUUGUUGGAUGUUUUUGUAAUAGCUACUAUUGAUACUCAUGUUUUGGAUGGUACUGACUGGAGCAUUGCUCCGGAGGAAGCACAAGUUAAGUGA